AUGCAGGAUUCCUGGUUGAGCCUCAAAGCAGAUGAUAUCCAGGGCUUUACAGACAGAAACAACAUGAAGAAUUUCUAUGGCAGCUUAAAGGAUGUCUACGGCCCUACUGCCUCAAGAUCACUGUCUCCCAUUCUCAGUGCUGAUGGGACAACACUUACCACCAAGGAGAAGGUUUUGGGGAGAUGGGCGGAACACUUUGAUAGCAUCUUGAACAGAUCUUCCACCAUCAACGAUGAAGCCAUUGACGGGCUACCUCAAUGGCAAUCACCUGGUUUGGACUCGAUUCCAGCUGAAGUCUACAAGGCGGGUGAUGUGGCCUUGACUGAGAAACUUUUUGGUGGUUAUACUAGUAUGUUGAUGUUAGAGAUUCAUCCUAAGGGAGUUAACAGUGUCAGUCAUACCAGAGUAAAGCUAAUUAACAACGAAUACCACAACAUAGUGAUCGCAAUUGAAGAGACCGUUCCCGAAGACUUGGACCUACUGGACAGGAUUCAAGAAGUUUUCACCGGCGCUUCAGCAUUUCUUUGCGAGAUAACCAGAUAUCGUGCAUAUUUCAAGAGUAUAAGUAUCCUCGUUCCGCGGUCCUGGACUGAUAACGCCGAGUAUGAAACGCAGGAAUUCGAGACAUAUGGCACUAGUGAUAUCCGAAUUGAUGGCGGUAUUCACCAUGGACCUUACGUAAUGAAACCUACACCGUGUGGAGAAGUUGGCGAUUAUAUGCAUCUCACAACAAAAUAUCUCAAGGAUCCAAUUAUUGCUGCCAUCUAUGGUUCUUACGAACACGCAAUAGUACACGAAUGGGGUCAUUUACGAUAUGGUGUAUAUGAUGAAUACCCUGGCGGCAAUACUGGCGCUCCUUAUUUCUAUUCAACUGGUAACGGUGGCAUAGAAGCCACUAGGUGUUCUACUGCAGUCACAGGCGUAAUGAAGAAUCGGUUUACUAGAGCAGACUGUGCAUACAUUAAUAAUUAUCCUGAAGAUGAUUGUUAUUUUUACGAUUCAAAUGUUUCAACAGCAUUUUCAGGUUCGCUUAUGUACCGACAAUACCUACCACAAAUUAUCCAUUUUUGUGACAACAAAACCUUUGCUGAUACGGCUGGAAGUAUUCAUAAUGUUGAGUCCCCGAGUAAACAAAAUAAACUCUGUGAUGAGAAGAGCGUGUGGGAGAUAAUGCGAGAACACGUAGACUUUGCUGACGGCGCUAACCCACCAAGAGCUGGAUGUGAUGUGACUGUCCCUGAGUUCCGUUUUGUUAAACAGCGGGGCAGCAGAAUUGCAAUGGUACUGGAUGUCUCAGGAAGUAUGGCUGGCGAACGAAUCAUAAAGUUGGGACAAGUCGUUAACAUCUACAUUACAGAUUGGGUAAGCAACGGCGAUGAACUCGGAAUGGUUGAAUUUAGCGAUUCUGCUACUACUUUAUCACAAUUAGUAACUAUUGAUGCGAGCACACGAGCACAGUUAUCGGCGUUAAUACCGACAACCACGGAUGGUUCAACAAGCAUUGGUGCAGGGCUGUUAAAGGGGAUUGAGGUUUUGCAAGACGGUGACAUCAGCAGACUUGGUGGUUGCUUGUUAGUUGUGAGUGACGGCGAAGAAAAUACAUCUCCAUAUAUUUCCGAAGUCAUACCUACUCUCAUUGCGAAAGGUAUAUGUGUUGACGUAAUUGCAUUUAGUGAACAAGCAUCCCUUAACCUGGAACUGUUACCAACAUCCACAGGAGGAAGGGCUUUCUUUUAUUCUGAGAGUGCCACGUCUAAUGCUUUAAAUGAAGCUUUUGCCGCCAUUGCCACGAGAGGGCAAAGUGUAUUGCAGCAAUCGAUACCCCUCUACAGUAAUACUAUUGCUAUUGAUGGUGGUACUACUUUUGUUUUCUCAUUCGUUAUUGAUGCAUCAAUUGGCAUAAAUACGGAGCUCGUCUUUAAUUACCUUCAAUUGACCGAUAUUGAUGUGACGUUACAAGCCCCCAAUGGGAGCACCGUUGAUAACAAUUCGCCAUUUUAUGAUUUGGACAGUACUUUUAAAGUUUUACGGAUUAAAGUACCGGGAAUUGCCGAGGUGGGUACGUGGAAUGUCUCCAUAAAAAAUCCAUCCAUGUCGACAGAACACGUGGGUGUGACAGUCCAAUCAAAGAGCAGCGUGCCAGGUGAAUAUCCUAUAACAGUGACGUCAGAAUGGAGUACCAAUACCGUCACACCUCCAGAGAAAUUAAUAUUGUAUGUAACUGUGUCUAAAGGUAUCACACCAGUUUUGAAUGCUCAUGUCGUAGCCACGGUAGAACGACCAAGCGGUGAUUCGGUCCAAUUGAUUAUGGCUGACAGCGGUGGCGGCGCCGAUAUCACGAAAGAUGACGGCGUCUACUCAUCGUAUUUCACUGCUUUUGCGGGGGUCGAAAGAUACAGUGUCAAGGUUGAAGUAACGAAUACAGGAGACGAUACUGUAAUUAGUCCCAGUAGAGUGGUAGGUUUUGGCUCUAUAACAAAUCCUGACCUGCCGAGUACUGGACAACAACCUGAAGAUGAAUCGACCGGAACAUUUCAGAGAAUUGCCAAUGGGGGCAGUGUUACAUGCGAUGGGAGUUCCGCAUGCAGUGGGUUAAAUGAUCUGUACCCUCCUGCAAAAAUCGUUGAUCUACAAGUGACUAAAAUAUCCUACGAUGAUAGAAACAUAACGCUUCAAUUCACCGCACCGGGGGAUGAUCUGGAUUUUGGAAAUGCGACAUCUUACGAGAUAUGGAUGGAUACUGAUUUUAGUGCCAUGUUUUCUAAUUAUGAAAAUACCACGAAUACUACACAGGAUCUUUUUGUAGAGGGCGUCUUGUCGUCACCGAAAUCACCAGGACAAACUGAAGUCUUUAACAUUGUUGUACCCACUCAGGGUGACAUUACUUACGUGUUCUGUGUGGUUGCUAUUGACGACGGCGGUAACAAAUCUCCCAGAUCCAACAUUGUCUCCGCUUCUAUGAAAUACUUUCCACAACGAUCUAGCAAUCUAUUGUUUAUCCUCGCAACAAUUGCGAGUGUACUCGUUGUCGUGAUUGUCGUCACGGUGGCCAUAUAUGUGAUACGAAGAUGUGUGCAAGGCGGUUGAACUGUGUUGCAGCUUACAUAGC